AUGUACAUCUUUUACAUUCUUUAUAUCGUACUGCUGACUUUCGAAUAUUUAGAUUGUGGAAGGGUUCAUAAGAUUCCAGUUACCUUAAAUCAAAGAGAAAUACGUUACGCCGAAGGAGGAACUUGUAACAGCAAUCCAGUUAGUCCAAAUAAUUCAAAAAAAACUACAGAAAAAAGUAGUAACAUCGCGCAGAAAGCUGCACAGGAAGCUAAAGCUGCUUCAGAUGCACAGAAUAUUGCUGGUCAGCAAGCCGCACGUCAAGUGAAAACACAACUUGCUGAAAAAGCAGUACAGGCUGCAAAAGCUGCAGAAGAGGUGCUUACAGGGAAGAAAGUAAUAGUAGAUCAAUUACAAGAAGAAGUGAGGGAAGCACAAUCAGUUGUUCAAGAAGAGUCCGCAUCUAUGGAACAAGAACAAGCUAAUGUUAAUGCUGCUGUACAAGCAGCACGUCAGUCACAAGAUCAGUUGAAAACAUUAACACGCGCCAUGCAAACAGCUAAAGCGAAUGCAGCAAACGCGCAGGCUGCUGCGAACGGAGCGCAAAAAAGUUUACGAGAGAAAGAAGAAUUGGUAGAUGCGGCGAAAAGGCGGGUUGAAGAAUUAUCUAGUCAGUUGAAGAAUGCUAGACAAGAGCUUGCUAACACGAAUCGUGCGGCUGCUAGGGCAAGUGCUGCUGCUAGCGAAGCGAAAGCGAACGCUAGCAGGAACAAAAGACGAUUGGAGAACAUUCGAAAGAUGAGGACCAUGAAAAAAAGAUGCAUACAUGCUUAAAAAAGAACUAAUGAAGUAAUGACUCUGAAAAACUUAUAAUAAUAUUACAUCGAUUAAUUAGAUAUAAAUUUAUGCUAAAAUAUAAUAUUAGAAGUAAAUAGCAAACUUAUA